UUUCAUUCUUCGUAAAGGAACAUCAGGAAGAUCGUGCAAGGCCAUUAUCUGUGGACACUAUCUUCAAACACGCACCUAGUCAGGUGAUCGACCGCCAUCGAUCAACGCUACCCGUUUCCAGGAAUAAUUUACGGGAGAAAAAUAUCUUUUUUUUUUUCCGUAUUUAUUCUGAAGUUUCGGUUACAACGCCCAUUCCCCAACUGAUAAUGCAUUCAGCGUGAGUUUGCUUUCGGGAAGUGGACGUCAUUGUCCUCAGCAGUUGCUGUCCAUUGCGGACGGGAUGUUGAAGAUCGGAAAGAUCAAAGAGGAUCCAUGGGGAAUGAACCAAUUCAUGGUAACACGGUCAGCGUGCCCAUCGCCUGGGCAACGUUUGGAGGAAGCACGUGCUUAUUGUUCUUAUUGUGUUACAUCUGUCAAAAGAAACUUCAAGACAAAGAAGCUCAGCCAAAUACUAGUCAUACUUCAUCACAACAGGUCUACUUUAUCUCAUCACUGCCAAGAUGUUCGGAACCAGAACCUAUCAGACAACCUCCUCCAGAUUAUGAAAGUUCGGUGUAUCAUAAACAAAUUCAAAUUGAUGAACCACCUUCCUAUGAGACUGUGAUCGCCAUAAAAAACAAUCAAACCCACUCACUAACAUUGUAAAUAACUUUUUUUAAUGGAUUAGUAAAAAAAUAAAAGAUUUUUUAUUGUAUUUAUCUA